UUUAUAUGAGAUACAGCCCAAAUAUAUUUAACAAAUUUGGGCUCUUGAAGCCCAUUUACUGAGGACUAAUUAAGGCCCAUUAAAUAAGAAGGAAAAAACAGUAACCGAAUUUAGAGAGAGAAACGUAGAGAGAGAAAGCGUAGAUAAAGCCUAAGAAACAGCCUGACGCUCUUCUCUUCUCCGGCGACUCUUUUACUUCCUUCUCGUCUUCCCCAAUUUCCCCAAUUUCUCUCUGCAAAAUAAAUUAUCUGGAGAUAUUCAUUUCCAGAUUCAUCAGCACAGGCGAAUUCCUGAAUAAAAUCCAGUUAAUAACUGAAAACGCCGACAGGCAGCUGCUUUCCGAUCAAAUUCGGAGUUUGAUCCUUUUCGUUUCGGAGUUUUAUUAGUGUAGGUUUGUUUUUCGUCGAUAAUUUCGUGAUCUUUGGAUGAUGGAGAGCCUAAUCGGGAAAAUUCGGAAUUUGGAUGCUUACCCUAAGAUCAAUCAGGAUUUCUACAGCAGGACGCUAUCAGGAGGAUUUAUAACCCUAACUUCGACCAUCGUUAUGAUCCUCCUCUUCAUUUCUGAGCUCAGAUUAUAUCUCCAUGCAGUCACUGAGACAAAGUUAGUGGUUGAUACAUCUAGAUCAGAAAGGCUCCGGAUUAAUUUUGAUGUGACAUUCCCAGCACUACCAUGUUCUAUUGUCAGUCUAGAUGCCAUGGAUAUAAGUGGAGAGCAACACUUGGAUGUUAGACAUGACAUUACCAAGAAGAGGAUCGAUGCUCUGGGUAAUGUAAUAGAAACAAGAGCUGAUACCAUCGGUUCCCCCAAGAUUGAUCGGCCUCUACAAAAUCAUGGUGGAAGACUUGAACACAAUGAAACUUAUUGUGGUUCAUGUUUUGGUGCAGAAGCGUCGGAUGGUGAAUGUUGUAACAACUGCGAAGAAGUACGUGAAGCAUAUAGAAAAAAAGGCUGGGCAUUAUCAAAUCCGGAUUUAAUUGAUCAGUGCAAAAGAGAAGGUUUUUUACAAAGGAUCAAGGAUGAAGAGGGGGAAGGUUGCAAUAUUUAUGGAUUCUUGGAUGUCAAUAAGGUAGCUGGUAAUUUUCAUUUUGCACCUGGGAAGAGUUUCGAGCAGUCAAAUGUCCAUGUUCAUGAUCUGCUAGCAUUUCAAAAAGAUAGUUUUAAUCUUACUCAUAAGAUCAACAGAAUAGCAUUUGGAGAUUUCUUCCCUGGUGUUGUGAAUCCUCUUGAUCGUGCAGAAUGGACGCAACACACACCUAAUGCAAUGUAUCAGUAUUUUCUCAAGGUUGUACCAACUGUAUUUAAAGAUAUAGACGGACAUACCAUUCAGUCAAAUCAGUUUUCUGUAACUGAACAUGUCAGAGGAGCCGAAUUGGGUCGACUCCAAGCUCUUCCGGGAGUGUUUUUCUUUUAUGAACUUUCCCCAAUUAAGGUGACAUUCACAGAAACACACGUUUCCUUCUUGCACUUCCUCACCAAUGUUUGUGCUAUUAUUGGAGGCAUAUUCACGGUCUCGGGGAUAGUAGACUCAUUGGUAUAUCAUGGCCAUAGAGCAAUCAAAAAGAAAAUGGAGCUAGGCAAGUUAACCUAAUGGUCGACGCAAUAGCACCACGGUGAGUUGCAGUCGGAAUUGGGUCGCAAGCAAGAAGCGGCCCUUCAAAGGGGAACGAGCGCACACUCGCAUUGUCUACUCCAUUGUUUGAGUUUUUGGACUAACCAUCAGUCAUUACAAUGGUAUAUUUAAUCUCAUCCAAAUAUUGUUCCAAGCUAGAUGGCCGUGAGCUAUGUUCUUCAAUUAUAAUAUUUAGUUUUUAACAAUUUUGAAGUGUAUGAUCAGUCAAUUUAUAUUAUAGAGCAACUUGCCGUGAUUA